CCCCCGCUAGUGAGUCAGUAUCAAGGCUCUCUCCUCCUCACCUCCACCACACGGAGCCGUGUCUCUUUAAGAGGUUGAACUCGCCGGUCUGAGAGCAGAGGAUCGCUUCCCAGUGCUGGGCUCAGCUGUCUGCGCUCCCUCCAGCAGCGUCAUGACUUAGACCGCAGCAGCACCAGCAGCAUCCAGCACCAUGGACGCGCUCUCACCGCGGGGCCGCAGCGCUGGCUCCGGCGCGCUGCUGUCCGCCUGGAUCCUCCUUCACACGGUGUCGGGGCAGGCGGCGGAGGACGACGGGAUGGGUGAACUUGCCACCGAGAAGGAGGCUGAGGAAAGUCACCGUCGAGACAGCGUCAAUCUGCUGACAUUCAUCCUGCUGCUGACCUUAACCAUCCUGACCAUAUGGCUCUUCAAGCACCGGCGGGUUCGGUUCCUCCAUGAAACCGGGCUGGCCAUGAUUUACGGCUUGCUCGUCGGUGUAAUUCUGCGAUACGGCAUCCCUGCUACCAGCUACCACAACAAGACGCCACCGAGCUGCUCACUGAAGCAAGGCCCAACAAACACGCUCCUGCUCAAUGUCAGCGGCAAGUUCUUCGAGUACACGCUCAAGGGAGAGAUCAACUCCCGAGAGAUAAACAACGUGGAGCAGAACGACAUGCUGCGCCAGGUGACAUUUGACCCUGAAGUGUUCUUCAACAUACUGCUGCCUCCCAUUAUUUUCCACGCCGGUUACAGUCUGAAGAAGAAACACUUCUUCAGGAAUCUGGGCUCCAUUUUAACGUACGCAUUUCUCGGCACUGCCAUCUCCUGUUUUGUGAUUGGGAAUCUGAUGUACGGAGUGGUCAAGCUCAUGCAGCUCUAUGGACAGCUGGCUGACAAAUUCUACUACACAGACUGCCUUUUCUUCGGGGCCAUCAUCUCGGCCACAGACCCAGUGACAGUGCUGGCCAUCUUCAGUGAGCUCCAUGCAGACGGUGACCUUUACGCUCUCUUGUUUGGAGAGAGCGUCAUGAACGACGCAGUGGCAAUUGUGCUGUCCUCGUCCAUUAUUGCCUACCAACCCAGUGGAGCCAACACACACAAGUUUGAUGCUUCAGCCUUUUUCAAGUCUGUGGGUGUUUUCAUCGGAAUCUUCAGUGGCUCUUUUGUCAUGGGUGCAGCCAUCGGAGUGGUCACCGCUCUCGUGACAAAAUUCACCAAGCUUCACUGCUUUCCCUUGCUGGAGACGGCGCUCUUCUUCCUCAUGUCCUGGAGCACCUUCCUGUUGGCUGAAGCCUGUGGAUUUACAGGUGUCGUGGCUGUGCUCUUCUGUGGCGUUGCACAGGCUCACUAUACAUACAACAACCUUUCUGAAGAGUCCACAGUGCGCACCAAGCAGCUCUUUGAGGUGCUUCACUUCCUGGCAGAGAAUUUCAUCUUCUCUUACAUGGGCUUGGCUCUGUUCACUUUCCAGAACCACGUUUUCAGUCCCAUCUUCAUCGUUGGUGCAUUUGUUGCCAUAUUCGUUGGAAGAGCCCUCAACAUUUACCCUCUGUCUUUCCUCCUCAACCUCGGGCGGAGGCACAAGAUCUCAGGAAACUUUCAGCACAUGAUGAUGUUUGCAGGUCUGCGAGGGGCGAUGGCUUUUGCUCUGGCCAUCAGGGACACAGCCAGUUAUGCUCACCAGAUGAUAUUCACCACAACGCUGUUGAUCGUCUUCUUUACCGUCUGGGUGUUCGGUGGGGGCACGACUCCCAUGUUGUCAUGGCUGCACAUCAGGGUGGGUGUGGAACCGGACCAGGACCCGCAGCCUUCUAGUGACAGCUUCCAAGUCUUACAAGGGCAGGAAGGCACGGAGGAUAAAGGCCACAGCAAAACCAAGCAGGAGAGUGCUUGGCUCUUCAGAAUGUGGUACACUUUUGAUCACAAUUAUCUCAAACCAAUGCUGACACAUAGUGGCCCGCCCCUCACCUCCACCCUGCCCAGCUACUGUGGCCCUCUGGCCAGUUGCCUGACCAGCCCUCAGGCUUACGAGAACCACGAGCAGCUCGGGGAUCAUGACUCAGACCUCAUUCACAAUGAUGGAGAUUUGACCUUCGCGUUCGGUGACACCGCCAUUACGGCAAACGGCAGCGGGGGCGAGGCAGCUGGAGGGUCAGCCUGGAGUGCCAAUGGGAAACGGAGUGGCAGCACCUCAGAGGAGGCACUGGAGCGUGAGCUCGACUCCCGGGAGCAGGAGCUGCUGAGCCGCGGCACACGCCUGGUCUUCCCCAUGGAGGAUCAUAUCUGACACUCUCACUCCUCUCACCUGAGCUGUGAACUUCCCUGACCUGGCCCCUAGAUCACCUUGCCCUUAACGCUCCUGCAGGAUCAUGGAGACUCGUGCUGCAGCGAUAAGAGAUGUGAGAGAAGACAGGAAGCAGUGUGGAGAAUAUAAGUGAGCUCUUGUCUUUUCGCUGAGCUCGGUCCUUUCACAGAGAUACAAUGUAUUCUCUAGGAGACGUGUCCUCCUGUAUGCCAGGACAUGCACACUCUCUGUGCUGUUUGUCUGUGACUGACUUUCUUUAUUCUCUUCUCUGUGGAUGCUGGACACCUUAAUGCAGGCAAACCUGGAGAUUUAGUCUCCAACUUUGUCAAAGUUUGUCUUCAUGUUAAAGUAGUGAACUCUGAGACAAUAUGACUGUUCCCUUUACACAAAAUCUAUAUGCCGAAAUGAAGCUAAAUGAACCAAACUUUAUGGUGUAUAGAUUCAUUUGUGCUAUCUAUGUUUGCCAUUUGUCAGUCUGUGUGGGUCAAACUGAAUCAUCUAUGAUGGUGAGAGAUGCCUUUGGCUUGUCAGUUGCACAUGAGAGGGCCAGUGACUGUUUCACCCUCUCAGCCAUGAUGCAUCGUAAUGGGUGAACAACUCAAGCUUGUACAUAGCGACAACGCAAAGCUUUGUUUUCCGGCAAAGAGACAGCUCUUUAUGGACGAACAUCAGUGGUAUUCACAUCGGUGAUGUGGCAAGAAAAUGAAGGUUUGAUGCAAAUGUUUUUGCAAAGGAUUUCCAUUGCAAUUUAGUCCAUGGCAGGCCUUCACAUUACUUUGCACUUUUGCUACAUUUUGUACUGAAGCAGUGCCGAUGCAUGGACUUAUGAUAUCAAAAAGAUUUUUUUCGAUCAGUGAAUCCGGCCAAAACUGAAGUAUGAGGAAAAAUAGCUUUAGAUUCACAUUGUACGACUGUGUUCUCUGAUUUUGGGCAGAAAUGUAAAAACUGCCAACAUGUCAUAGUACCAAUAGAGGCAAAUGAUAUAUAUUUUUCCUUCUUUCCUGUUUUUUUUAUCCUUUUAAGUUUAAACAUAUCAAGUGAUUUGCAAACAGCAAAAUGAAUGAAUGAAUUUGCCGUGCUCUGUGCGUUGUAAUAAAACAGUGAGAAAACAUGGGCAAGUCAGAGUGAGCUGUUGGAAAUCCUGUCGUAUCAAAAUUGUAGUUGUACAUUUCUGAGCAUCAUUCGGUAGCAAGGUUGUUUGGCAAUUAUGAUUUUAUAUAUAUAUAUAUAUAUAUAUAUAUAUUCCAGUAGUGAAAUUCCAACUUAUUAAAACCAAGCUGUUUCACAUUUUCCAAAACAGAAGUGUCAAACCACAUAACACGUGUCGAAACAAAAAAUUCAGCAAAUGUCAAUUACAGUGAAUUGAUGUUUUUGACAUUUCUAUUUUGGAAUCCAGAUGUGAUUGAACCUUAGGUUGACUCUAAAUUGCCAUUUGUGUAAGCAGAUGCAAGAUGUGUAAGCAAAAGAUGCAGGAAAAUGUCUGUGAAAUGGCGUCACACAGGGGACCAUCUACUCCCUUCCCUGGCUAAGUUGUCGAUGGAGAUCAAUUCACGGACUGAUUAAUUGUGAGCUCAGGGUUGCGCAGGUUUCUUGUAACAUUUCUGUCUAUUCCCAUCCCUUCCCAUGUGCAUGGUUUGCAAGCACUCGGUGAUGUAAACUUUUGAUCCCUAGUUUCAUUUUGAACAGUGCAUUUUUAUUUCUCUUCCUCUGCUGUAAUAAAAAAAAGCAGGAACCAUACAUGGUGAUGACUAUGAGGCUUGUUAAAGGUCACUUGACAAUGAUUCAGUGUUGACUCCGUCUGCGGUGUUUUUCAAGCAGGUUGAUCUUCUCCAGGAGUAAAGUUCAAAUGUGUUUAAUUAUUCAUCCUGCCUUCUUCACAACUCUGACUGAAUCUGUUGCUCAACUCUAUCAAUUAGUAUUUGCCCACUAGUAAACUGCUGUUGUUGCUGAAGGACACUUGUUGACUUGUGCGUUUAUAAAUAAUAGGAGAGGAACAGUUGUGUUGAAAUGUGACACAAAGGGCCCCUCUCGGGUUUAAUGGGUCACCAGGGACGUCCAAGGGGAAAACAAUUUGGGUUGUCAGUAGCUGCUGAGGAGAUUUCUUUGAGAGUCAACAAGGUACAUGGAGCAGUUGUGCAGCACUCUGCAGUUAUGGAUCCUUCACAUUCAGUCCUCUGUUUCAUAUCUCAGAAAAUGUUCUGGCGUUAUCGAGGCGGAAGAACUGCUCAAGUUAAUUCAUUUUCAGCAAAUUCAAUUGAACACAGUAAACUGUAUGUAUGGUUACAGCAAAAGCUGCUUGUUCUCAAAGGCAUUAGAAAGUCCUGUUUAUGUUGAAUUGUAUUUCAAGUGUCAUUUUAAAAGGGGAAAUGUUGAGCUCAAACCUGAAUCCCUGUAACCUUGGAGCAGCGAUAUGAUUGCCUGAUUUCCUACACUAACACGAAUCAGCAAUUACAUUACAGGAUUGAAGGACAGAGCCAGAACAUUUGCAGUGUUUGAAAACGCUUGUUUAAAAUGUGUUAUAAGACAUCCUCAAGAUAUCGGUAUUCCUCAGGAAUAAUAAGCCAUGUCUCCAGCUGUCAACAGAAAAGUACAACAAUUCAGACUCAUUUAUUGAAGUCUAGCUGAAAGAGUGAAGACCUUCACUGGAGGCUCCACUUAAUUCCAUUCGAACCUUCAGUAAAUUUCUCAGUAAAGGUUUGAAAGAUUUCAGUCAAACAUAAUAUAACUACACUUGUCCUUCCUGAUAAAAACUGUGAUAUGAAGAGUGUUAUUCUGUGAGGCGACACAGCUAGGCAGCUGCACUCAAAAUGAAUGAUUGUAGUAAAAAAUAAAUUAAAAAUAAAGUCUCCUGGAGCCAAAAAUCAGUUUUAUUUAGUAAGGAUUUAGUUAAAAAAGAGUUGUUACAUCUUGAUGUUUAUUUUUUUCUGGUGAAUGUUAUUUUACAACUUUUGUUGUUGCUUGUAAGAAGAGAAAAUAUGUUUUAAAUGAUCAAUGUGUCUUAUUGCAAUGAAAACAUGUGUAAGACAGUUACUGAGAGAUGAUGAUUAAAUGAUGUGUGCUGAAACUCCACCAGAGCUGGAAUGAUACACUGAAAACAUGAGACAUGAACGGUGGUGUUGUGGAGAACCGCAGCUCUGAGACGCUGAUGUGCGUAUUCAACUGCAUAAAUGAUCAGUUUGGCACUUUACUUGAAGAGAGGAUCUACAUGAGUCUCUUUGUGUGCGUUUGUUCCUUCAGUGUCCUUGCUGAGAUGUAGCGACGGUCAGUGAUCACCCUUGUAGCAGCCGCCUGCUGGGACUUGACCUGCUGUGGUCUGCAUGUCAACAUGUCAA